GCGAAGGCUCUUCUUCUCUCUUUCGAACACAGAGUGAGCGUGUUUAUUUUUUCUGGAACACCGGAGAUUUUUGUUGCCGAAAAUGGGGAUACCGACCUUCUUCGAUCAUUUUCCGAUCUCUGGUAUGAUGACGUGAUACUGCGAUUGCGAGGCGUUCACUCUGUGUCUUAGCCGUACUGGUAAAUCCUCAGCAAAAGUGAAGGUUUUUAAUUUCAGUUUGCAUAAUAUAGAAGUUAUUCCAUACUUUGUCUGCAAACACUUUCUAGCAAGUGAUUAUUAUAAUCAUCAAAAUAAUCCGAGAGAUAAAGGUAUCUGUUUUUGCUUAAGCCUCUCAAAUUUCGGAGAUAGGUUAGUUUUUACCCAGUCUAUUAAUCCCCGUGUUUAAUCGAAAAUAUAAAACCAUCCUAAUUUUGUUUGAUCUGUAUGCCUUUAGGAGUGCCCAAUCUUUGAGUUUUUUGAAAUGAUCGAGCUAUUCAGUAGCCAAUAUUCCUGAAAUUGUUGAGAAAGUAUUUAGGGAAAUCGGACUGGAUUUUAGAAUUUGAAGUCUUCCUGUUUGACUAAGCAUUGAUGACUCAGAAAACUAUGUGCUGUGGAAAAUGGUUUUGGAAAACUGAAAGCUAGAGAUAAUUGCAAAAGAAUAGGGUUUUCGAAUUUCGAUCUCCAGAAAUUCCUUUUCCAAUGAAAAUUCAACCAGUUGAUUUCAACUUCUUAACUGAACCACCUAUAUUUGAGCCGGUGAAGCCAGUGACAAAAUCGAGGUUCAAAAGGCUAUUCGAGAGGCAGUUUUCCAGCGUUCUGAGAAUAUCAACGCAGGAAAAGGCGGCAGGCAACGGAGGGGCCGAUGAGCCUCAUCAAUGUAUCAAGUAUGGUCCUGAAGAAUUCGAGCCAAGCUCUGUUUGCCUUGCGAAAAUGGUUCAGAAUUUCAUCGAGGACAACGAGAAACCCAACAGGUGUUGCCGGAACAGAUGCAAAUGCUUCAAUAAAAACUGCACUGACAGCUCCGAUGAGGAACUCGACUCAUUCAAUUGCUUUGGCGAAUCAACAAAUUCACCUUCAUCUGAUGCACUUGAUCUCGUCAAGAGUUUAGUACCUUGUGUGUGUGUUUAUGAGAGAAAUCUGUUAGCAGACGCUGCGAAAAUUGUCGAGAAAAACAAGAUCAGUAAAAGAAAAGACUGUUUUUGUAGAAAAAUUGUCACCGAUAAUCUAAUUGCUCUUGGAUACAAUGCUUCAAUCUGCAAAUCUCGCUGGGAAAAAUCCCCCUCUUUUCCCUCAGGGGAAUAUGAAUAUGUGGACGUGAUGAUUGAAGGGGAUAGGUUUAUAAUUGACAUCGAUUUUCGUUCAGAAUUUGAAAUUGCAAGAUCAACCAAAGCAUACAGAUCACUUCUCCAGACACUGCCUAACAUAUUUGUAGGUAAAUCCGAUCGCCUCGAGAAGAUCAUUAACGUUGUAUCAGACGCAGCCAAACAGAGUUUGAAGAAGAAGGGCAUGCCAUUUCCACCUUGGCGCAAGGCCGAUUAUGUUAAGGCCAAAUGGCUCUCUCCUUACACCCGAACCACUCCGGGAGUAAUUGGUGAGGAAGUGAAGGAUUUGAUUACUACGAAAACAAGUUCUUGUGGUGAAUUUGAGUUGAUUUUCUUGGAGAAAUGUUCGCUGAACAAAACUAACAGCAAUGGGACUAACAAUGAUGGCAACGAUGUGUUUACUAACAGUCGGAGUGAAAACGACAAGGGCAUGACUCCAUUGAUGAAACCAGUGGAGAUUAGGCCAAGGAGUUUGCAGAAAGGAGUUAAGAUGGUUACUGGUUUAGCUUCUGUAAUUGAAGAUGAUAAACCAUGAAAAUUUUGUUGUGUUUUUUAGUUUUGCUUUUAGGGUAUCAGAAUUGAGUGUGCCUUUUGGUUGUUGAGGCUACUCUAUUCUGGAAGGCUAAUCAUUCCCUUCUCCUUUUAUUGUAAGGGUGUUGAACUGUUACUACUUCGUAUCAUCAAUAAUAAUAAUAAUAAUAAU